AUGAAUGAAGACCUGACAGUUAAUGUAACGUGGCUGCCUCAAGAUCAUUUUGACACCAGUCCGACAGAGAAUGCUUCCGUUCCGGUCUCCUCCCUGAUACCUGUCAGUGACCCAGAGCCAGAGUUUAUUGUAAACCCUUGGGAUAUUGUCUUGUGUACUUCAGGAACCCUUAUCUCCUGUGAAAAUGCAGUUGUGGUCCUUAUUAUCUUCCACAAUCCUAGUCUUCGUGCUCCAAUGUUCCUCCUGAUAGGUAGCCUGGCCUUGGCAGACCUCUUAGCAGGGAUUGGAUUGAUCUUUAAUUUCAUUUUCGCCUAUCUUCUCCAGUCAGAAUCCACCAAGCUGGUCACCAUCGGACUAAUUGUUGCCUCUUUCUGUGCCUCCAUCUGCAGUUUACUGGCUAUCACGGUGGACCGAUAUCUCUCUCUGUAUUAUGCUUUGACUUAUAAUUCGGACAGGACUGUCACUUUUACCUAUAUCAUGUUAAUUUUGCUCUGGGGAGCCUCAAUCUGUAUUGGACUGCUGCCUGUCAUGGGCUGGAACUGCCUCCAAGAUGAAUCCACCUGCAGUGUUAUCAGGCCCCUCACUAAAAAUAAUGCAGCUGUCCUCUCUGUCUCCUUCUUGCUUAUGUUUGCUCUCAUGCUACAGCUGUACAUUCAGAUCUGUAAAAUCGUCAUGCGCCAUGCCCAUCAGAUUGCCUUGCAACACCACUUUCUGGCCACGUCUCACUAUGUGACAACCCGAAAAGGAGUUUCGACUCUAGCCAUUAUCCUGGGAACCUUUGCUGCCUGCUGGAUGCCUUUCACACUCUAUUCUUUAAUAGCCGACUACACCUAUCCGUCUAUAUAUACCUAUGCUACCCUCCUUCCAGCCACAUACAAUUCCAUCAUCAACCCUGUAAUAUACGCUUUCCGAAACCAAGAAAUACAAAAGGCACUUUGGCUCAUCUGCUGCGGCUGCAUCCCUUCAAAUCUUUCUGCAAGAGCACGCUCACCCAGUGAUGUUUGA